CCCCACACUACCCUUCUUCAAGCUCACACCAAACAGUCCCUUAACAGACUUGUCUUUCUCAAAACCCUCAUGGCUUCAACGGAAGAUUCUCUCAACCCACCUCCACCGCCACAGCAACAGCCCAUUUUACAACCGCCGGCGCAGCAACAACCGUCUACUCUCCUGCAAUAUCCGGAGAUGAUUAUAGCUGCAAUUGAAGCGUUGAAUGAGGAAACAGGCUCGUCUAAAGCUGCAAUCUCGAAGGAAAUGGAGUCAACAAACCUGGAUCUACCAGCGGCCCACUCCACACUGCUCUCUCACAACUUAAACAGGAUGACAGAGAGUGGCGUGCUGGUUAUGGUGAAGAACAACUACAUGAAGCCGGACCCCAACGCUCCACCCAAGAGGGGACGCGGCCGUCCGCCGAAGCCCAAGGCGCCUUUGCCAACUGGAACCGUGAUUUCCCCACCCAGGCCACGUGGACGUCCACCUAAGCCCAGAGAUCCGUUCGCUCCACCGAAAAAGAUGAGCUCAACUGGGAGCGGAAGGCCACGUGGAAGACCUCCGAAGAAGGUCAAGACAACCCCCGCUACUGCGCCUGCAAAUGCGAAUAACACUACCGGUGCCCCUAGGGGAAGAGGACGGCCGCCGAAGGUGAAGCCGGCAGUGGCGCCGGUGGCUGGUUGACCGACGAAAAAAAAGUUAAUGUAGUUAAUUUCUACUAAUUGAUGUUUUAGAUUAAUGUUAUCAUUAGUUGUGAGUGUUGUAAUGGAGAAGUAAGAGGUGUAAUGUAACUGCAAUUUGCAUGUAAAAAUUAUUCAGCAGCUGAUUAGGCCUUUUUAUUGCCCUUUUCUCCAAUAAUACUUUUUCUAAUAACAAAUUUAUAUAAAUACUAGGAUAAAUAUA